CAUUAUCUUAGCUCAACGCGGAAAGGAUGUGUCGAAUGUUGGGGAAUCCCCUUGUGCGAUUUCCCAGUCAAAUUCUGAAGUGAAAGCAAACUUGAGCUGAAUGCUAUAAAGUUACCAGUCAUUCCAAGAUCUGCUGUCAUCUAAUACACAAAUCAACAUGGCCCGGCAACCAAGUGUGGUGAUCAGGAACCAAUUUGUGUAUCUUCUUGAAAACGCCACCAUCAACGUGUUUGAUUGCAUUGACAACAACACAGGCCAGAGAGACAUCUACUACAUACAGAAAGGGCGUAUUGAGGACUCUGUGCAGUUCCGAGAGACUCGGCGGACUCCGAGACAACAACAAAGCUACAACAACCAGCCAAACUGGCGUCCCCCCCAUUACUCCCCCAGCUCCUCCUCCUCCUCCGAUGAUGAAGAGUCAAGGAACAAUCAGCGCACAAACGUGAACACAGACAGAUACAUGGACAUUUUAGGUUCAAGGAGAACAGUCACAGAUGAUGAAUUGAAGAGAGUUGCCAACAAACUCCGAUUCGAAGAUGAAAAAUACAAAAAGUUAGCAUUGCACUUGGGACUGAGUCAUGAGGACAUCGACACGACCAGGAAGGCAAAUGAGAACAAGGACAGGACGGAGAUGAUCUGCAGCCUCCUCAAGCUGUGGAAGGCAAGGUCGGAGGAGCCUUCUGUCAGGGCACUGGGACACGGUUUGGAGCAUUGUAAUCUGAGGAAAUUUGUCACUGAAACAAUGGAUCCAUAGAAUGGCCAUGCGCUCAUUAUGAUAUCAGUUGUAAACACCAGCUAUGGUGAGCUGUCAGUCUUGUACAUUCACUUGUGUGUGCAGCUCAUGAUAUCAGUUGUAAACACCAGCUAUGGUGAGCUGUCAGUCUUGUACAUUCACUUGUGUGUGCAGCUCAUGAUAUCAGUUGUAAACAACAGCUAUGGUGAGCUGUCAGUCUUGUACAUUCACAUGUGUGUGCAGCUCAUGAUAUCAGUUGUAAACAACAGCUAUGGUGAGCUGUCAGUCUUGUACAUUCACUUGUGUGUGCAGCUCAUGAUAUCAGUUGUAAACAACAGCUAUGGUGAGCUGUCAGUCUUGUACAUUCACAUGUGUGUGCAGCUCAUGAUAUCAGUUGUAAACAACAGCUAUGGUGAGCUGUCAGUCUUGAAUUAUGUUAUACAAAAACCUAAAAUACUAUUGAGUUGGUAGUAAGUGUUUUUAAAUUCAUUUUUGGGACAAAUUGUCAAUCUGUUGAAAAAGAGUUGCUCUCUGGCAAAUGUUAAACUCAUUGUUUAAGUAUCACAUUAAGUGAUAUGAAAUGCAAAAAAAUUCCAGAAGUACCGUACAAAAAAUAAUUUUGUAGUAAAAAAAUGCAAAGAUGAAUUGUUGAGGUGUCAAUAAAACUAAUAAGAGUCUUAAUGAUGAGAAGCCCAAAACUAAAUUGUAGACUUUUUGGAAAUGAAAAAAUAUUAUUUAUUGCUGGGUUUUUUCUUUUUGUUUGACUUUAAUAUUGUUUUUUAAGUUUCUAAACUGUUUAAAGGAUCUUGUGAAAGUCUGCUAAUAGGAUGGUUGAUUUGAAAAAGAUUUACAAAUGCUUAUAUAUUUUUCUUCCUUAUUAGAAUAUAAAUGUAGAACACAUAUUUACAGGAUACUAGAACUUGUUAAUCCCCAGAGAUAAAUUACCGGUAAUUAAAUAAUUUUUUAGGAUUGCUUAUAAGGUACAUAUUUGGUUGAGCAGAUCCCAUCUGUCAUCUUUAUUAUAGGAAAGAACUGAGGUGCAUUUAUUACCCAAAUGUUCCAUCAACCCUGGAAAUAAAGAUUUUGUACACACCUGUUUAUUGUAAACAUGAACUGUCAGGGUUGCUACAGAUGUACAUAUUGAGCCAAGUAUAUAUCCUGUCAUACUUUCCGUGUAGAACUGACAUUUAUUUAUUACUAAACUCAUUAAAAUCAUAUCUUAGAAAGCACUAAGAUGUUAUUUUACUGAUAUUAAUUUGUUAACCAAAUGUUCUCUCAACCCUGAAAAUAAAGAUGUGUGCACUGUC